CGAGAGGGUAUUUGUGUUCUGGAGUCCUGAAGAGACAAGCCACAUCACGAUAAAUGGAGGAGAAGGAGCGAUGUAGGAGCAGGUCUCCGGCUCGGAGGGCCAGUCGGGUGCAGCAGGUGGUGGGAACAAUAAUACGACGCACCCGGGAGUCGCUAAGCAGAGAGCGGUUGCUAGGUGAUGGGAGGUCGCAGCGCUCCAACAGUCUGUCCAGUCAGAACUUCCUGGCCAAGCUGACGCUGCAGAUCACCAGGGACCCGGUCCUGGACAGCAGCACUGGACAUGGCUUCACCCUCACCCCACAUGCACCCCUGCUGGUCAGGGACAUUGCCGCAGGGAGUCCUGCAGAUGGGAUACUGUUCCCUGCGGACCAGGUACUGCAAAUUAAUGAUACAGUGCUGGAGGAUCUGAGCACAGAGCAGGUGGAAGGCAUCUUAAGGGACUUGGAGGAUUGUAUCACUGUGACUGUUCUGCGGUACAUGACGAAUCCCAAGUCCUCCAUCAUGUCAGCGGAGAAGAGAGCUCGUCUGAGGAGUAAUCCAGUUAAAGUGCGCUUUGCGGAGGAGGUGGUGGUCAACGGGCACACUCAGGGAAACUCUCUUCUCUUCCUGCCCAAUGUCCUGAAAGUCUAUUUAGAGAACGGGCAGACCAAGGCCUUCAAGUUUGAUAAUACCACCACUGUCAAAGACAUUGUUCUGACCCUGAAGGAUAAACUGUCCCUCCGGGCCAUCGAGUACUUCGCCCUGGUGCUAGAGCAACAGUACAGCAUCAACAAGCUGCUGCUGCUGCACGAAGACGAGCUCAUGCAGAAGGUGGUGCAGAAAAAAGACUCCCAUGAUUACCGAUGUUUGUUCAGGGUGUGUUUCAUCCCCAAAGACCCCAUGGACAUGCUGCAGGACGACUCCUCUACCUUUGAGUACCUCUUUUUACAGAGUGUCGGGGACGUGUUGCAGGAGCGUUUUGCAGUAGAGAUGAAGUGUAACACUGCACUCCGCCUGGCAGCGCUGCACAUGCACGAGAGACUGGACAGCUGUGGACAGACCAGGACCUCUAUCAAGAGUAUCACGAAGGAGUUUGGCCUGAACAGCUUCAUCUCUCCCACGCUGCUGAGCAACAUGAGGGAGAAGGACCUGAGGAAAGCCAUCAGCUACCACCUCAAAAAGAUCCAGUCCCUGCUAGAGCCACGGCACAAGGUAAUAUCUGCUACUCAGGCUCGAGUGGCCUACCUCACUCAGCUUGGAGAGCUGAUUUCAUACGGAGGGCGAUCAUACUCGGCUACAAUGAUGCUACAAGACAGGGAGGUGGUGGUCAGCCUGCUGGUCGGAGCCAAGUACGGGAUGAGUCAGAUCAUCAACCACAAGCUCAACGUGAUCUCCACGCUGGUCGAGUUCAGCAGCAUCAGCCGAGUGGAGUUGCUCUCGGAGUCGGACAAAGUCAGCCUCCUGCGCAUCUCACUGCACGACAUGAAGCCAUUUGCCUUACUGAUGGACUCUCUGGCAGCCAAAGACUUAGGGUGUCUGCUGGGAGGCUACUGCAAACUCCUGGUGGAUCCCAGUGUCAAUGUCUUCCGUCUGGGGCGCCCAAAAGUGAGGGUGCACCGGAUUCCUGCUGAAGAAGGUGUGUGUGGGAGGUUCGCCGUAGUAGAGGGCGUGUGCUAUGAAUCCCUAUCAAGUUAUGUGUCUCGCUGCUGUAGUGACUCGGACGACUCGACAGAUGACGACGACCCGAUGGAUUCACAGAACUACAAACGUCCGGACCCUGCAAGUCAGGACUGGGAAGAAAGGAGGAGAGAGGAGGAAGAAAAGAGGAGAGAAGAAGAAAGGAAAGAGAGAGAGGAGUACAAAGGAAAACAGGAAGUGAAAAUAAUAGUGACAAUAGAAGGUAAAGCAAAUGAGGGUGAAGAGGAGGGAGGAGCAACGGGAAAUGCACUGCGUACAUUUAGUGUCAUGGAUGAGGAAAUGAACCCGGAGACCCCCUGGUAUCACACUGACCCACGGGUCACCAGCAGUUUCUCCAGCUUAUCCAGCAGCUCCUUGAGUGCCGCACUAGAGGAGAGCAGCACCGCAGCUAAAGCCCCGUCUCGCAUAGAAGCACUUCGUGGACAACGCACGGCCGAGGACCUGCCCAGCUUGGACGUUCACCACCCCUUCCUCCUCGAGCCAAAACGCCAACAGGGCCCUCUGCGACCCACCAACCUCAAUUAUCGGGGCAAUGACAACUCUUGCCUUUGCUUCGCUGAUCUCUCCAAGGCCGAUUUCCUGCCAAGCCCGCCUGAGGCUACCAGCGACGAUGACGAUGAUGAUGAUGAGGAGAACGAAGAGCAAGGAGUGGAGCAACUCAGACGCAUGUCAAAGAUUCCUAGCUCGAGAGAUUUGAGAAUGAUUGACAGUAUACCCUUUGAUAGAUCCCCAAUUAGAAGAAAGAAAAAGACACCGCCGAAAGUUCCACUAAGGACAAGUUCAAUUCCCGGGCACAAGGCAGGAGAGGCUGAGCAGCGUCUCUCCAAGGACGAAGACAGUCUAUACCUGACACCUUCACCGAACCCUAAACCGGCUCUUUUGGUCAAAGACACUGUCUCAGAAUCUGAGGAUGAGUUUUUUGAUGCACAGGACAGAUUUACUCCCCCAGUUCCUGAUCUAUCAGAUGCUGAACUGGCCGACCGGCAAAAUGCUAAUCGGUUGAGUGGAACCUGGAAUGGUGUUUCAACUGCCCCAGGGAAAGAGCCUUCCUCCCCCCUUAGCAAUAAAGCCCAAACCUCUAAAACAAAGAAGGAAGUGGAGGCACUUAAAAGGCCCACAAAUCAUCUUACCAACCAACGUCCCAGUCCACCAAAGCCAUCACAGAAACCCGAAGUUAAAGUCAAACCACCCUUGGCACCCAAGCCCCAGCUGCCUCCCAAACCUCAGAUCAUUCCUCCUAAAUCCCCCAAGCACGGGAGAUCAUAUGCCCACUGCAACGGGGACGCCUCUGGACGUCUGUCCUCUGAACUCCUGGAAAUGGAGCCAGACACCAUGGAGUUCAAGUCUGUCACAUCUGGGGCGGGCGGACUGCCUCUGUCAUCACCUCUGAUCACAGCAGUGAGGUGCAGCAAGCAACCUGCAGCGAUCACGACACCACACACCGAGGAAAAGACAAAGAGGCAGGAAAAUGGCGCUCAUGUCAUUUACAAAAACAGAGCAAACACUCCUGAUAAAAAGGAAACGCCAAAAGUUGAGAGUCAAACCAAUGGGACUUCCCUAUCCUCAAAGAAACCACUAGACUUACCCCCUCUCCUUCUCUCUAAUUCAGGCCCAAAGCUAGCCAUCCCCCCUGCGGUGCCCCCAAAACCCACGUCUCCCACUAAUCUCCACCCUUUGUCACUACCUGCUAGCUCUCCUGUCUCCCCCACUGAUCCAAGCAAGGGGAUCUUCAAGGAUAGCAUAAAUACGCCAAAUGGAAUCCAUCCCUGGAGCAGCCGCAACGGCACCAUCCAGUCAGGACCCCGGAGGGUCUCUCUGAGCCAUGAGAGCCUUUCACCCAAAAACACAGAUGCACAAGUCACCCUUACCACAUCCCUCACCUCAACUAACUCUAACGAUGUCCGGGGCCUAGAAAGCAGAGAACAUGGAAGAUCUGGAUCAGGAUUGGACCUGAGGACCAGCUCCUCCAGCCUGGGGGGCAGGCUGCCAGCCUCUGCCCUGAGAGGGAGGAUCCAGUCUCUGCCUUGGUACAUGACCCGUUCACAGGAGAUUUUGGGAACUCUGGACUAUCCCUCCACGAGCUCCAUCAACGGAGACACAUCUGGAUUUGGCUCUGGUUUGUCUGUCGCCAGUGGUUUAUCAGAUUUAAACAGAACCCCUGUCAAGCAAAAAGAGACUAUUGUCUUUAAAUCAGGAGGGAAAGGGACAGUUUUAGAGGACGGAGCUGAGGUCGUCAUCGCCACCAUCAAAGAGGCCCAGGAUGUGACGUCACAUAUGAGAAGGGCCAAUGGGACGAAUGGCUCACACCCUAAUCUCACUGUUAAAGAUAAUAUUACGCACAGCGGCAGUGUCUCGUCAGAGCAGCCUCAGUCCCGGUCCCACUCAGCAGUCGGAUUGGGGGGCGUGUCCAGCAUGCAGAUUGGCGGAGACUCACCAACCUCCUCGCUGGCAGACAGCACUCCACCAGAACAGCACCGGGAGGCGUGUGGCUGCCGCACCGUUUACGCCAACUGUUUCAGUGGAGACACAGAGGACGGUGUCAGCUUUGACGAGGAACUCACCGUUUACGAGUUCUCCCGCCGCACGCGACCCAAACCUCCCCCGCCGGGACCGGCCCCUUCUCCUCCGAUCCCUGCUCCAAAACCUAAUAUCUUGUCUCUGCUGAAAGACAACCCACGCCCACUCUCUACCUUCUCCACCGCCUCGUCUGAACUCAGUCCCUUAGUGUCACGACCUGUUUCCCCCACAACCUCUUUCGGCGGUCCUCUUCGAUCGCUCUCCAACAAGAAUUACGGCGGGCUGAAGGGGGGGUUCGCCUCCCUACGUCAAGAUAUAGAACAACUUCUGCUGGUGCUAGAGAGCGGAGCCCUUGAGCAGCCACCACAAACAUUAUAUCAGGACUCAAAGCAGGAUAUAAAAGCAGGGCCUGAUCUAAAUCAUAACGGGACAGAAGACAGCGCUACCACAGCAGCGGUCUCAAGCUGUACUGGGGCCGGCUCUGUCACCAUGACGGAGGCUGAGAGGACUCUUCUCCAGGCGGAAGCUCGGCGCCUGGCGUCUGGGUGCCAGCGGGCCACGCGUGUGGGCUGGGCUCCUGAUGAAGCCUUACGCUCGUUAUCCAACAGCUUCAGUGCUCUGGUUCAGUUGUCGGUGGCCUGCCUGCGAACAAGCCCCUGCCCUGGCUGUGACAUUUGCCAUAACGCGAGUCUGGUUCACGGCGAUGAAGAGGAAGACAGUCAGGAGGCCAUGGCGAAGCUGAAGGAGAUCGUGGGUCUCUACAGGGAGUUUGUCGGGGCGGUUGAAACGGCAGGGACCGGUGCUGGAGGUAAGAGUGCUGGGGCAGGACUGGGUCAGGGGGAGAGUGACGGGGUGAGGCUGCUGGCCAAACGCUGCACCGUGCUCAUCUCCUCCGUAUUCGCACUCACACAGCUCUUCAGGACACACACACUAGACUCUUCGGAGACGCCCGGCCACGUACCUCUCAACUUUUGA